GAUUUACCAGAAAAUAUUGCAAAAUUUUUAGAUGACAAUAAUUGGUGGCAAACAAUAGAAGAGCUUGAAUCACAUUUGCUUCCCUUUAUGGCAACAUUAAAUCAUCUUCAACGGGAUGCUGCAAGAUUACCAGAUGUUCUUCAUUCAUUCGCAUAUUUUAUGCAAUUAUAUAAAAAUCAGCCGGAUAGUUUUAGUAAAA